AUGGAUCCUAACUCUCUUCAACCACACGAUUCUAUGAAAAUCGAAAAUCAGUAUGAACCAGAUUCAUUAUUCGACGUUCUAGAAAAUUUGCCUCCGCUAGAUUCUCUGCUAGAUACCGAGUAUCUAAGGCCAGAUUCAGGGUUGCGUUUUGAGUAUCAGUACAAUAGCUUUGAAGAUUUCUUCGAAAACAUUGAAGUGAAUAACACAAUAUCAUCUGAUAUUCUCAUGUUGACUCAAGAACCCUACUUCUCGAGUGACUCCUCUUCACCAUUGGCUAUCCAAAACAACCACUGUCCCGGUACCAACGAGAGAGGUGAAAAGAAAACCCCAAAGAACAGGAACACUAGGAUAAAGAGACGACAGGACAAGUUGGAGUUGUCCGAGAUCAGAAAGUACUUUGAUAGACCAAUCAUGAAAGCGGCAAAAGAACUUAACGUUGGGCUUACGGUGUUGAAGAAGCGUUGCAGAGAACUGGAAAUUUACCGGUGGCCUCACCGGAAGCUCAAGAGUCUUAACUCUCUCAUUUAUAAUCUCAAGGGUGUUGGAAUGGAUGAAGAAGUCAAGAAUUUGGAAGAACAUAGGGUUCUUAUAGAGCAAGAACCUGAUGCUGAGCUAACUGAUGGAACAAAGAAGCUGAGACAAGCUUGUUUCAAAGCUAAGUACAAGAGAAAGAAAUCACUUGCCAAUGAUGGUUACUAA